GGCAGGUGUGGGCGGGGCCACGGCGCGCGCGGCGCUUCCGGGAUCGGCAGCUCCUGCCAUGGCUUUGGUGACCGUGCUGGUGGCCCUGGUGGCCCUGGUGGCCUUGGUGGCCCUGGUCCUGCUGCUGCUGGUGGCCCAGCGCCUCGGGCUGCUCUACCGCCUGCGCCACAAGGUGGACACCUCCAGUCCCCGUCACGGUGGCGAGCUGGUGGCCGAGGUUCUCCGUGCCCACGGCGUGCGGUUCCUCUUCACGCUGCCCGGAGGACACAUCUCGCCCGUGCUGGUGGCCUGCGAGAAGAUCGGCAUCCGCGUGGUGGACACGCGGCACGAGGCCACCGCCGUCUUCGCCGCCGACGCCGUCUCGCGCGUCUCCGGGCGCGUGGGGGUGGCGGCGGUGACGGCGGGUCCCGGUGUCACCAACGCGGUCACGGCCGUCAAGAACGCGCAGAUGGCAGAGUGCCCGCUGCUGCUGCUGGGCGGCGCCGCUGCCACCCUGCAGAAGGGCCGGGGGGCUCUCCAGGACAUCCCGCAGGUUCCUCUGUUCCGCACGCUGUGCAAGGCGUCGCUCUCGGUGCGCGCCGUGCGCGACAUCGUCCCCACCCUGCGCCGCGCCUUCGCCACCGCCAUGGAGGGCACGCCCGGCCCCGUGUUCGUGGAGCUGCCCAUCGAUGUCCUUUAUCCCUUCCACGUGGUCCAGAAGGAGCUCGGGGCCUCCCAAACCCCCCGGGGGCUGCGGGGGAAACUCGUCCAGUGGUACCUGUGGAAUUACCUGUGCGAUCUCUUUGCGGGGGCCUGGGAGCCGCGGGAGCUGCACCCGCUGGGGCUGAGCAUCCCCAGGGCGACCCCGCAGCAGGUCCAGCAGGUGGCCGAGCUCCUGAGCCGGGCCCAGCGGCCGCUGCUGCUCGUGGGCAGUCAGGCCCUGCUGCCCCCAACGCCCGCAGAGGAGCUCAGGGCGGCCCUGCAGGCCCUGGGCGUGCCCUGCUACCUGGGCGGCGCCGCGCGGGGGCUGCUGCCCCCCGAGUGCCCCCUGGGGCUGCGGCAGAACCGGCGCCAGGCGCUGAGGGACGCCGACCUGGUGCUGCUGGCAGGCACCGUGUGCGAUUUCCGCCUGUCCUACGGGCGCCUCUUCGGCCGCGGCGCCGCCGUGGUGGCCGUGAACCGAAACCGGGAGCAGCUGCUGAGGAACUCGGACGUGUUCUGGAAACCGCGGCUGGCCCUGCUGGGUGACCCGGCGUCGCUGCUGGUGGCGCUGUCGCGGAGCCUGCCCGGCUUCAGCUGCCCCCGGCCGUGGCUGCAGCGGCUGCGGGAGGCCGAGGAGGAGAAGGAGCGGCUGAACCGCGCCAAGGCCGCGGUGCCCCCCCCGUGCCACCUGAACCCCCUGAUGCUGCUCCAGGCCCUCGAUCGGCUCCUGCCCCCCCAGAGCAUCCUGGUGGCCGACGGCGGCGACUUCGUGGGCACGGCGGCGUACACGGUGCGGCCACGGCAGCCCCGGGGGUGGCUGGACCCGGGUCCCUUUGGCACGCUGGGCGUGGGCGGAGGAUUCGCGCUCGGGGCCAAACUCUGCCGGCCCGAGGCUGAGGUGUGGGUCCUGUUCGGGGACGGCUCCCUGGGCUUCAGCCUGAUGGAGUUCGACACCUUCGUGCGCCACAAGGUCCCGGUCAUCGCCCUGGUUGGCAACGACGCCGGCUGGACCCAGAUCAGCCGCGAGCAGCUCCCCCUGCUGGGCAGCGCCGUGGGCUGCGGGCUGAACUACAGCGAUUACCACAAGGUGGCGGCGGCUCUGGGCGGGCGCGGCUUCGUCCUGGACAGGGACACGGAGCGCAGGGUGGUGGCCGUGCUGAGGGCGGCGCAGGCCGAGUGCCACCGCGGCCGCCCCGUGCUCGUCAACGCCCUCCUGGGGCCCAGUGACUUCCGGCAGGGCUCCGUGUCCGUCUGAGGGACACCCGAGGGACACCCGCGUCACCAGGGCCACCAAGGGACAUCAGAGGUCACCAGAGUGUCACCAAAUGUCAC